AUGGGUUUAACUGACAAAUUAAAAGGAAUUAAAAAAGAUGACGUUGACACUGCCAAUGAACAAGCUGGUAAAUACACUGGUAAAGAUGGCCAAAAAGGUACUGAUGUAGCUCAAGAAAAAUACAACCAAUACAGUGGUAAAGGCGCUUCAGGUACCGGUGCUGGUGCUGGUGCUGGUACUGCCGGUGCCGCUGGUACAGGUGGUGCUGCUGCUGGAGCUGCUGGAGGAUAUGGUGCUGGUUCAUCAACUUCCGGUAACACUUCAUCAGGUUACGGAAACCAAACAGGUACUACUUCAUCAGGUUAUGGAAAUCAAUCAGGUACUACUUCAUCAGGAUAUGGUAAUGACUCAACUACCGGAGGUGCUUACGGUAAUCAAUCUGGUACUUCAUCAACUGGAUAUGGUAACCAAUCUGGAACUUCAUCAUCAGGUUAUGGUGAUUCUACAACUGGUCAUCACUCCUCAGGACACCAUUCAUCAGGACAUCACACUGCUGGAACAGCUGCCACUGGUGCUGCAGGUGCUGCUGCUUAUGGUAAUCAAUCAGGACAUUCUGGUUCAACUGGUUACGGUAAUGAAUCUUCAAACUAUGGUUCAGGUUCUGGUACAAACACCGGUUACGGAAACCAAUCUGGUUACUCAUCAGGUCACCAAGAUGCUUCAAAACAUGCUCCAUCAACUACUGCUGGUGGUGCUACUGGUGCUUACGAUAACAGAGGAUCAUCAAAUGCUCAUGAUUCAGGUUACACCCACUCAUCUGGUCAAACCGGUUCUGGUUAUGGUUCAGGUUCAACUGGUGCUGGUUACGGAUCAGGAUCAACUGGUACCGGUUAUGGUUCAGGAUCAGGUUCAUCAUCAGGUCACCACUUCAAAACUGGUAAUGAUUCAUUAGAUGCUAAAAUUUCAAAAUUACCUGAACAUUUACAAAAAGAAGCUCACAAUGAAUUCCAAAAAGGUUAUGAAGCUGCUAAAUCUCAAUACAGAUCAUAA